CCAAGUCUAGUACUACACACUCUCACAUUUUUAAGCCAUGCAAAAUUUUCAUACAAAAUAUUAGUUAUAUGGAUAACAACUCCUCCUCCUCCUCCUCCUCCUCAGGGGUAAAAUAUAGAGGCGUGAGGCGGCGGCCGUGGGGGAAAUUUGCGGCGGAGAUUCGAGAUUCGACCCGACAUGGGGCUAGGGUUUGGCUUGGUACUUUUGGUACGGCUGAGGAAGCAGCAAGGGCCUAUGAUCGGGCUGCUUAUGCUAUGAGAGGCCCAUUAGCCAUUCUUAACUUCCCUCAAGAAUAUUACUCUUCUUCACAAAACAAUACUACUACCCAAUCAUCUUCUUCCACGUCAGCUUCUUCUUCAAUGCAGGUGACCACCGGUGACAGUAGCCUUAGUAGUUUUAAUAGUAGUAGAAAUAAUAACAAUACUAAUCAAGUUAUUGAAUUUGAAUAUUUGGAUGAUAAACUUCUUGAGGAACUUCUUGAUAAUUAUGAUGAUGAUAAUCACAAAAAAUAAGUGAGAUUAUAAAUAUAUAUAUAUAUAUUUAUUUCUCUUUUCUUUUUUAUUUUUUUUACAAAAGAAAAGAUUUAGUGUUUUUUUUUUUGAAUGGCAAAAUCUCAUACUUAUUUAUUUUUAUAAUAUAUACAUUGUGUUGUUAUUCUAUAACAAAUGAUAAUUAAGGUUACUUUGUUUUGAAUUUAGUGUAAAUUUGUGUGUGAGGACCAUAUUAUAGAUAUAUUUAUAUAUGAAUAUAAUGCAAGUAAGCCACUUAGCCA